AUGGCAUCCCGCAAAAAGAAGAGCGGUCCCACUCUACAGCAGGCUUUCGACUCAAUUAGAGAUCUCCUUAUAGCCACGAAGCCUCGUAUUGACAAUGCCGACUCAGCCGCGCGGCCGAUGCUUAUCGAGAACCUCCGCCAAAUAGGUUCCCUGGCCGAAUCUUUCGCGGAACAACGAGGGCAAAAUGCGUCCGGGUGGAUCCACUUAGCAGACGAACUUGACCAGGAAGGCGUCAAUCUUUGGAAUAUCUCCGGUUUAGUCCAAAAAUCACCCACAUCGACGGCGAGUGGGAGUGGGAGAAUGAGCUUAGUGGCUGCGUUGCGGCUAGCAGGUUUCCGUUUGAUUGAGACUGGCUUGGAGUUGAAGCCGGAAAUCGAGAACCUAAUUCAUAUUCUCCAAUUGGCCAGCAAGACCGGCUCGACCUUGUCAGAAGCGGGAAGCGGAGAGGUUACAAGUGUGCUUUCGAGUGCGGCGCGGGUGAGCCUUUCUUCUUCUGGUGAUGCUGUUCGGAUUCAUAGUCCUAUGUUGCAGUACGAAGAACUCCUUCGAAAUGCAGAAGACCCUGACAGCACUCACCAUGUCGACCGCGUCUGCGCAACAUUAGUGUACCUUGCAGCUAGGAUGGAAGCGGCUUGGAAGGAGGGAAACCAGAGUGUGGCGUCGUUCAUGGCGCAGAAGAUCACGGAUGACGAACAGCGGCUGUCGGUACUCCCGUCUCCCGAUCAAGAACGUUUAGCGUGCAAAUUCCACGAAAUCGGCAAAGCGAUAUUGAAGACUCACAUUGGUAGUGCUGGCAGCGAUGGAGACGAUUCGGGGGCUGUUGACGCAGUGGCUUGGCUCCAGAAAGCCUUCUCGAUAGCUGAGAGAAUAGGUGCAGAAGAAACGAGUGGAUCGAAGGCCUCACUCAGGGCACGUUUUCGCUUCAUCACCAUCCUCCGGACCAUGGCAAGGGCCUACUUCAUUACGGGAUCGUACGACCGAGCUGAGGCCGUGCUCGAUGAACUCAUCCCGGCUGUCGAUGCGCUGGCGGACUCUCGGAGUGGUCGUUCAGAGCAUCAAGAGUUGAGAUGGCUUCGAUUAGCUGUCGUCAAAAAGCGGAAAGCUAGCGACACAACCCUGUUGGACGCCUUCAAAUCCAUUAUUGACCAUAUGACGUUUUCGGAGUCUAAUAUUACCGAUAUUUUGCAAGAUCUUCGAACCUUGAACCAUCAGCAUCAUGGUGUUAUAGUCGCGCAAGUCCAUCUUUACUGCUUACAACAAGCCCUGCGAUGGGAUGAUACUACCGAGGGUGUUAAUCGCUUACUUCUGUCAUUAAUAGUGCACUGUUCCAAGGACGAAGAUCAUCAACGAGCAAUGGAGACUAUGGAGUCUGUGCUAACGACCGCGCAUGCAACCGAUUUUAAGCUUCUCGAUGUUCCAUCAACGGCAUGCCUUACGCUCCUCUGGCAAUACGGCGACCGACACUUUGCCGCUAAACGGUUCGGUCCCGCCGCGGAUUGGUUUCUCAUUGGCACCCACGCACUCUUCCAAACGUCAUGUCCAGCCAGCGCGGCAAAAUGCUUUCGCAAAGCAGCACUCUGUCACAUUGAGCACAAGGAACAUGCCAGGGCAGCUGCAGUCAUCCGCAAAUGUCCGGUGGGUCUUGGUCAUGGCGAAGCAUCGACACAUUACCUGCUGUUCAUUGCGGCAGUUCAUCAGGGCUUGGAAGAUGAAGCCAUUCGGGCCGUUCGCGAAAUGGUCAAAGCUGUGGACUUUGAUCGCAAGAUGCUACUACUCGCGACGCAGAUCUCGCAUGAAUCCGAAAUGAAGACGGUGCUAAUAACAGUCCUCGAGGCGCUGCUGAAAACACUCAAGGUCGAGAAGAACAAUGGUGGCGAGACGGUGGUGGAGGCGAUGGCGCUAGUCCGAUGUAUCAUACGGCUGGUGGGGAAGUUGUUGGCCGAGCCAACUGCAAACAAGUCAGUGGUGUUUCCGCGGCGGUCUAUUAUCGAUGAGACUAACCUCGGUCUGGCACAGACCACGCCUCAUGGAAACCUUAAUAUCCCACUUCCAAACCGAGUUCUCGCUCAAGACGCAUUGACGGAAAAGGCAAUUUCGCUCGUCAUCAAGGAUGUCUCGUGGCUAUGGCGGAUGGCUUACAACUGCGCGGUUCAAUGUUGUGCCGAAUGGGAGGAGGGCAACCACGAGCGGGUGUCAGAGCUCUUCGAAGUUGCCAGAGAUCUUCUGGCAACGUAUUGUGAAGCAGCAUUGGAUGUUCCCGCUGACGUUUCCAAUUACAUGCAUCUCAUCAACGCGACUUUCUCCGGCGUGUCUGGCCGUGUCUUUGCCGCUCGUUUAUCCGCCACCGACGGCACCAUCGAUGCUAACCGUCUCCGCGAGAAUGCGGCUCGAGUUUCAGCUGCCAAGACAUCCAUCUCAGCGAUCGUCAACAAGAACCUCCUGACUGAGCGGCAAGACAUCACCCGCGCUGAAUAUUUUCUCCACGUUCUCCGUGUGUUCGAGGCGGAGAUUUGGACUCAGUUGAAGGAGUGGCAACAUCUAUCACGCAUUGUUGUCGAUGUUGUCGAUUCUGGCCCGCUUGCUGUUGGGACUUACGAGGCAAUCGCAGACAUCUUGUGGGCCGAAUCUGAUUGCCCAAUUGACGUUCUUCUUGUUGGACUGGAGGCUAUUCUUCGUGCAAGUCUUGAUCACAGCUCUCUGUCGGUCGAGAAGUUCUCCCGCUGGCUGCGCGCCGUGUGCACCAUAAUGCUCGCGCGGAACUCCUCGCAGGAUCGCGUCAAAGCGAUUGUGUUUGUUGAACAAGCUGUCACUGUCAUCGCGGACCACCACCAAGAUGACCAGGCAUACCCGAUCGACGAGCGGAACUGGCUCCUCGGGACGGCGUACAACACGGGCUUUGAGUGUCUUGAGGGAUCGAUGCUGGACGAAGCAAAACGCUGGUUCGAAACAGCUGCCCUCCUGUGCAAGUUUGUCCCUGGCGGCGAAGAGCGGGCGGAGAAGAUUGUUGAAACUUUCACGCAUCUCUUGGCGCACUAUCACUCCAAUGCAGCUUAG